GCUCGUCUGGAGGGCGAGCGGCUCUGCACCUCCACACAUUACGGUGCUCGGCUUGAACACAACUCGAUGUUGCGAUGGGAGUAACAGUGUAACAAGCAAGGUGACGAGCAAGGCGAGCCGCUCGGCGUUUCACUGCAGUUGUCGUAACUUUGUAUGUGUCUGUGACACGGAAGCUUUUGCUUUGACGCCAGGUUUUGAGCAUUUUAUUGUCAUUUUAACACCCAGUACCGUUGACAUCUCUCGUUAGGUGUGCGCAGUCUCGAGCCGCGAUUUAGACAAACAGAUCUUGAGGUGCGCUUACCCUGGGGAUAUUGCUACAUUUACGGGUUGUGUACAUUUUUUGGAGCUGAAAAUAGCGCAAAAAGGGAAAAAUACAGAAGCGGGGAUGCUGAAAGUCACCAUGCCCUCCUCCAGAUCUGGAGCCGCAUCAGACUACUGGAUCGACGGCUCGAACAAGGAGACCUUGGCAGAUUAUUACGAACUGGAGUCUGAACUGGGACGGGGUGCGACCUCUGUUGUGUUCCGAUGUAGGCAGAAAGGAACUCAGAAGCCAUACGCAGUGAAAAUGCUGAAGAAGACAGUGGACAAGAAGAUCGUUCGUACUGAAAUUGGAGUUUUGCUCCGGCUUUCACAUCCAAAUAUAAUUAAACUGAAAGAAAUAUUUGAGACUCCCACAGAGAUCAGUCUGGUGCUGGAACUUGUCACAGGAGGCGAGCUUUUUGACAGGAUUGUGGAGAAAGGCUAUUACAGUGAGCGGGAUGCUGCAGAUGCUGUUAAACAAAUUCUGGAGGCCGUGGCGUACCUGCAUGAGAAUGGUGUUGUCCAUCGGGACCUGAAGCCUGAGAACCUUCUCUAUGCCACCCCUGCGCCCGAUGCACCACUGAAAAUAGCUGACUUUGGAUUGUCAAAAAUUGUGGACGACCAGGUCACCAUGAAGACUGUGUGUGGAACGCCUGGAUACUGUGCUCCUGAAAUUUUGAGAGGUUGUGCUUAUGGGCCUGAAGUUGACAUGUGGUCAGUGGGAGUCAUUACCUAUAUUCUGCUUUGUGGUUUUGAACCAUUCUAUGAUGAACGAGGGGACCAGUAUAUGUUCAAGAGGAUUUUAAACUGUGACUAUGACUUUGUCUCCCCCUGGUGGGAUGAUGUGUCAUUGAAUGCUAAAGACUUGGUAAAAAAGUUAAUUGUACAGGAUCCUAAGAAACGUCUCACUACUCUUCAAGCCUUGCAACACCCCUGGGUGACCGGGAAGGCAGUUAAUUUUGCACAUAUGGAUAACGCUCAGAAGAAACUUCAAGAAUUCAAUGCUCGUCGUAAAUUAAAGGCAGCAGUCAAAGCUGUUGUCGCUUCAACCCGCUUGGGAAGUGCCAGUAGUCAUGGCAGCCACGAGAGCAGCAAAAACAGUCAUAGCGCGUCACCCAUCCAGGAGGCGGAGCCCAAUACAGAGCAGACACAGGACCAGGCACAAAUAGAAAGUGAAGGCUGUUAGGCCUCUAGUGAUGUCUGCCUCAGAAACUUUUCUGCAAUCCAUUGUUAACUGCAGAGUCUGAAAGCUUUAAAAGGCUGUAUUCUUGGUUCCUUUCUGUUUAUUUUUUCCCCUCAGAUUCAAUACCGGUGGUCGUAAUGAUGUCUGGGACUGGAGAAAAGUCACACAUCACUGAAUCUGUAAUGCAUGUGACUGCUUUUAUCAAAAUAAAACUAGCACAAGACAGCCUGUGUGACAUGUGAAUGGGCACCAUGCUAUGAAAAUGCCAAGUGUUUCACCAACAUGUGAAUCAGAUAAUUCUUGCAACCGUCUAUUCGUUUGCUUCCUUUCUAGGGUUUCAAACUCACCAUAUUGUGCAGUUUGACAAUAAUGAUUUUACUGUGGGUUAUUCUUUUACUUUUUAAUUUUUUGCCUGAUACAUCUCAUGGUAAGGUAGAGCAUUCUUGGACUGCACGCUUUGCAAAUAAAUUAUCAUACUCUCUGUAAGUACGGGGCGGUGGGGGGGCAGAGGUGCUUUGAAGGAUUCAGAUUUCAAAAUGUUUACAGAACUUGUUUAGAUUUAUAUGCAAAAUACAUUCCACUGAUUAAAACAGCAGAUGAGGUGAGAAUUUCAAUACCUUUCCUGAUGGCCAUAAUGUUGAACCUUUCUUGAUCUUUUAGGGAGAA